AUGAAGCGUCAUGCUAUACGAAGAAAGCGUGGAUGGAAAUUCUUGAAGAAGGCCGAUGCGAUAUCUGUGCAACAUAAUCGGGUCAAAGAUCGCCUAAUGGAUGAGGUGUUGAAAACACUGGCUUUAUACCGAAAAGAGAACUACCAUCCAUCGGCGUUUCGUGCGCCGAAAGAAAUUCGUGAAGCUGAGGAAGGCUUUGAGCGGGCUCAGCGAAAGUGGAAAAAACUGUACGAGAAACUCGAAGCGAGCAAAAAAGCCUAUUAUAGUGCGUGUCGUCAGGAAAAGUCCGCUUUAGUGAAUCUAAGCAAUAGCCAGGCCGAUUCGUCGCUGUCGCAGGAUGGCGCACAGAAAUUUCGCGAUCGUCUGGAAAAGUGCCGGGAAGAGGUGCAAAAAUGUAAAUCUGCCUAUGAAAAGAAUAUAGCGGAAAUCACACAGUAC